UAUCUCUUCAUCUUAGGGACGAGAAAACAGAUGCCAGUUCACAGGACAAGUGAUUAACUCUCACUUCUCUCUACCCUCCUCUCUCUCUCUUUCUGUUUCUCUGUCCGCCUCCACCUAUUGAAGCAUGUCUCAGAAGGAGAGGAUCAGGAGGGAGGAGGGGAGAGUCAGUAAGAGACCCCGCCCUGCGCACCCACCCCCCCUUCCGGCAGACGCCGACCCCCCCGGGAUGGACUUGCCACGGGACGCACCCCAAGAUCCUACCCCUCUGGACCAAGAUCUACAGCCGCAGGUCUCCCCAGGAGCGGCCCGCCGUCGUGGGCGGAGUAGAACCUUCAGUGAGAACUCCGUUUCCAUGGUUCACGCUCCCUUCCUCAGCAACCUGUUUGGAGAGGAGAGAGGCUUGGCACCAGCAGAGCUGGAAGAGCUGAAUGAGGCCUUCAGGGAGUUUGACUAUGACCAGGACGGGUACCUGCACUACAAGGACCUGGCCGAGUGUAUGAGGACCAUGGGCUACAUGCCUACUGAGAUGGAGCUGAUUGAGAUCAUCCAGCACAUCAAGAUGAGAUCGGGGGGCCGGAUCGACUUUGAGGAUUUCUGUGACCUGAUGGGGCCCCGCAUGCUGGCUGAGACGGCCCACAUGCUCGGAGUCAGGGAGAUGAAGUGUGCUUUCAAACAGUUUGACUGUGAUGGGGACGGACAGAUCACCUUUGAGGAUCUGAGGGAGGCGGUGAGGUCGCUCCUGGGGGAGAGGCUGAAGCAGGGGGAGGUGGAGGAUCUCCUCCGGGACAUCGACCUCAACGGGGACGGCUCCGUUGACUUUGACGAAUUCGUCAUGAUGCUGUCCAUCCCAUAACCGCAGUCGUCAUGGACGCUGGAUAUCAUGGCUAAGCAAGAGAGCGUGUGUGUGUGUGUGCAUGUGUGUGUGUGUGUGUCUGCAUGUGACAAUAAUUUUGUCAUUGACACCGGAUUAAGAAGCUUAUUAUUUUACAUGUUAUACAGGUCUUUUAACAUAUGUUAUUAUUAGCUACAUGCAUAAAAGCUAUUUUGAAUAUUGUAUACAGAGGUAGCUUUAAAUACAUCAAAAUCAAUCAUUUUGAUCUGAUAUUAGCUGAAUGCAAUGUAAAAUUUAAAAAAAUAAUUGAAAAACAAAAUAAGAAUAUAACAAAUCAGAGUUCUGUCGCACAUUAAAAUAGGAAAACAAAAAGACACAGUGGUCAUGGACAAUUCUUGCCACCUAGUGGGAAUGUACAGUACUGGAGCAAGGCAGCCUCGUAAAAAGAAACAACUUUGAUAAUAUAGUGUAGUCUUUAGACUUAUUUAUUUAUUUCCAGACUUUUGGAUAAAAUGUCUUCCAUUUUGAACAUUUCACGUCAUCAGAUUCAUACAUUCAUUUGUCUGGCUCUCUUCCUUGUGCGCACAUUGUGAUAUGCUGUCUGCCAUUUAUAUUUUUGGCUCUACACGCCCCAUGUUGUUUUGGUGACCUCUGAUGCUCUGCUAUUUCGAUAAACUCAAAAUGUCAGUGUGAAAGACAGGGCCAGCAGUUGCCUUUCCGUAGGAAACUCGAGUUUGGCAGUUCAGGGUUGAGGAAAAAAAACUAUGUUAUAAAUCUAUCCCGGCACCAACAAUAUAAAUUCUGCUAAGAAAAAAACAAACAAACAUGGAUCAUAUCAUGUGGUUUCAAAGGUUAUGGGCAGGGGCAAGAGGAGGCACGUGUGCACAAAAGCUGAUUGAUUUUUUAAAAAAAAACAAACAAACAAAAAAAACAUUUGAGGUACGUUAAAAUAAUUUUCAUACAGAAUUUCCCACAUCUCCGAGAGGUUGUUUCAUACGAGUCCGUCGAAAACGUGUUUAUGUAAUAGAUACUCUUCACCUUUCCAUCCUCCUCUUCCUCUGUGUGUUUACCACUUCUUCACCACAGGAGGGUGCUCACAGUGGGCUGGAUAAACCUCUGAAACGCGUUAUUUUAAAUGAAUAUGAUCAUCACAGUAAUAUACCCACGAAUCCCUUACAUUAGGAGUGGGGUGGGCAAACCCCUUAAUCUGGCAAUCACAAUACUGCAUACGUCAGUGUGGUUACACUAACACGGUAGUACGGUAGCACAGGGCUCUGGUGUUUAAACUGACACCUCAAGCCUCAAGAUACAUAAAUGUACAUAAAUCUAAAUUAAUUCUGGAAAAAGGUCACCCUUAUGAAUGUUGACGGUGUAAAAGGUUGAGAUAUUGGCACUGGUGUAGGGAAGAGUAAUUAUCUGGUUGAGCUCUUCCGAAUGUUGCCUCAAGUGGGCAGCCUACUGCAGGGAACGCACGUGACCAAGCGGCCCAUAAAACUAUUUGGGCACAGCGGUUUUAAUUGUAUACCCACAGGGUGAGCUGUGUACCCCUAUCUGUGACCCCUAUCCCGGCAAAUUGCACCUUUCGGGUUGUGAUGUUCUGAGAGCUUGUCUAUAGCCUCGCUAGGUCUCAUGCAGUCCCUUCAGACUCACCAGACAGGACGUGUUGUGUGUGUGUGUGUGUACGUUUGUGUGUGUGUGUGUGUGUGCGUUAGUGUGUGUGUGUGUGUGUGUGUGUGUACGUUUGUGUGUGUGUGUGUGUGUGCGUUAGUGUGUGUGUGUAUAUGUGUGUACGUUAGUGUGUGUGUGAGUGUGUUUGCAGGGUCAUGUCUCAAACCACUAAUUUUUUGUACCGCAAAGCAGGAUUACUGAGUUAGCUGGAGAACUGCACUGAGUAAAACCUGGAACCCUCCCAAAUCUGGAACAGGGACUGAAGUGAAAAGAGCAGUUCUGGGUUUAACUCCAACUAAUUCAGUAAUUCCAGCAAUUAUCCAACUAUCUCAGUAAUCCUCCUGCUUUGUGGUAGAGGCCCCCUGAUUAGCCAAGCGAUGGUCUUAACCCCAGACAUCCUGUUGGGUCUGAAAGGUAAAGUCAUUUCCUAGAUUGGUUUCGUUCAGUGAAAUUCAGCACGUCUCAACUCCAGGUGCUGUGGGCUGCAGCAUCUGCAGGUAUUCACACACCACCUGAUUUCACUAGCGAGCUUCCUCCCUGAACCAAGGAGGUAAAAUAAUCAAGUGAAAUCAGGUGGUGUAGUGCACGGUCCACACUGUGGCCGACAGGAUCUGGAGUUGAGUAGCACUGGUCUAUUUGUUUCCGUUUUAGCCGGCGUUAUGUAAUAAGUCUUGAAUUGCCACCAACCAACGGCAUAUCACAUAAUACUGAUAAUAUGUUAUCAAUAUUACAUAUAUAUUAUCAUUGUUCUGCUGUGCAACAAUAGCAAAUAAAUAACACUGUAAUGCUUGAAAGUGUCUCUUGUUUGGGAAAUUGAAUCCUCACAGACAGUGUGCAAACAAGUGUUUUUAUUAUUGAAAAUUGAUAACUUAAAUACUCCAGCAGAAAAAAUAAAUCUCAAAAAAAAAAAAAAAAAAAAACAUUUUACAAACGAUUCACAUAGAACAAAGCCAUCGUGCAAUGCAAUUAUACGGAGGGUGAUUUCUCAAGAAGCUGAUGCCAAGAUUACAUCUGACAAUUAUUCGGGCAAAUUGUAGUGCACUGAGUUACCAAGCGGAAAAGCAAAAUGUGCAUAAGGCAAAAAAAGAUCUGCUGACACGCUCCAGAGGACCUUCACAUAAAGACUUCCCUCUCCGAAAGACUGACUGCAGCAGGAGGGGGACACAAUAACCACUUCCGGAGAGAAUUUCGAACCUUUCGGAGAUGAAAUGGGAGUUCACGCGAUCGGCCGUAGUGCAUUCGACGGGUCCCGUCCCGCUCUUGGAAGAAACGCGAUUAAAUUAGUAUCAACGGCAC